GCCCUGCUGCAUUGUGGUCCGGCCCGGCCGGUGGCGGCGGCGGCAGCGCCGAGCGAAGAUGGCUGAGAAGCAGCCGCAGAAGCACGACGGGCGGGUGAAGAUCGGCCACUACGUGCUGGGGGACACGCUGGGGGUCGGCACCUUCGGCAAAGUCAAGAUUGGAGAACACCAGCUCACACGGCACAAAGUAGCGGUCAAAAUUUUAAAUAGGCAAAAAAUUCGCAGUUUGGAUGUGGUUGGGAAGAUCAAACGAGAAAUCCAAAAUCUGAAGCUUUUCCGACACCCCCAUAUUAUCAAAUUGUACCAGGUCAUCAGCACACCAACAGAUUUUUUCAUGGUAAUGGAAUAUGUGUCUGGUGGGGAAUUGUUUGAUUACAUCUGUAAACAUGGACAUGUUGAAGAGGCCGAAGCCAGGCGUCUUUUCCAGCAAAUUCUGUCAGCUGUAGAUUACUGUCAUCGGCAUAUGGUAGUUCACAGAGACCUGAAACCAGAGAAUGUGCUGCUGGAUGCAAACAUGAAUGCCAAGAUUGCUGAUUUUGGACUGUCCAACAUGAUGUCAGAUGGCGAAUUCCUGCGAACCAGCUGUGGCUCACCCAACUAUGCAGCACCAGAAGUCAUCUCUGGAAGAUUGUAUGCUGGCCCAGAGGUUGAUAUCUGGAGCUGUGGUGUUAUUCUCUAUGCCCUCCUCUGUGGGACUCUUCCUUUUGACGAUGAGCAUGUCCCAACCCUCUUUAAAAAAAUCCGUGGAGGUGUCUUCUACAUUCCCGAAUACCUCAACCGUUCAGUUGCCACCCUCCUUAUGCAUAUGCUGCAGGUGGAUCCACUCAAACGAGCAACCAUCAAGGACAUCCGAGAACACGAGUGGUUCAAACAAGAACUGCCCAGUUACUUGUUUCCAGAGGACCCUUCGUACGACGCCAAUGUCAUUGACGACGAUGCCGUGCGGGAAGUUUGUGAGAAAUUCGAGUGCACUGAGUCGGAGGUGAUGACCAGCCUGUACAGUGGGGAUCCUCAAGACCAGCUUGCGGUCGCUUACCACCUUAUUAUUGACAAUCGGAGAAUCAUGAACCAAGCCAGUGAGUUCUACCUUGCUUCCAGCCCUCCCACUGGCUCUUUCAUGGAUGACACUAUGCACAUCCCUCCGGGGGUGAAGCCCCACCCGGAACGGAUGCCUCCUCUCGUAGCAGAUAGUCCCAAAGGAAAGUGCCCCUUGGAUGCACUGAAUACCACUAAGCCAAAGCCAUUGACUGUGAAAAAAGCCAAGUGGCAUUUAGGAAUACGGAGUCAAAGCAGGCCUUAUGACAUCAUGGCUGAAGUCUACCGUGCUAUGAAACAGCUAGAUUUUGAGUGGAAGGUGGUGAAUGCCUAUCAUCUUAGAGUCCGUAGAAAGAAUCCAGUGACGGGAAAUUACGUGAAAAUGAGUUUGCAGCUUUAUCAGGUUGACAAUCGCAGCUAUCUGUUGGACUUUAAAAGCAUUGAUGAUGAUGUCAUGGAGCAAAGGUCAGGCUCUUCUACACCUCAGCGCUCCUGCUCUGCAGCCCGCUUGCACAGACCGAGGCUGAGUCUCGAUUCUGCCACCGCCGAUUGCCAGUCACUUCCUGGGUCUCUCAUGGGCUCCUUGACCGGGAGCAUGACCUCUGUGACACCUCGUCUCGGUAGCCACACCAUGGAUUUCUUUGAAAUGUGUGCCAGUCUCAUCAUGGCACUGGCUCGCUGACAGGUAUCACCCAGAAGCUUGAUUUCUUUGCAAAAGCUGCAUGUAAAAGGGUCAUUUGGGCACGUGCAGCAAGGAACCUAAUCCUUGAAGUAGAAAUCCCAGAUUCAGUACCCAGAAUAUAUGAAGUAUAUUAAGGAAAGUAGGCAAAUGUGUUCGAUUUUAUGUAUGUAAUCCUUAUUGCAGAAUUUGCUUCAUUCUUUUUGCAAGGAAUUUGGAAUAGUUGUGCUAGAAGUUACGGUAGAAGUGGAGGUAGAAAGCAGUGAAGGAGGGCUUUGGGCCCGUUGUCCAACAGCUGGUCACUGUCCAGUCUCAUCGCUUGCCACACUAAGCUUCAAUUAUGCAGGAAACAGCAUCGUCUGCCAAAAAUCUGAAAAAUGUCUCCAGUCACAGAAUCCACAGUGCCCCCGCCAGUGUAAACAUAUCAGUGCAAUAAUUUCCUGAAUACUUGAGUAUUUCUCCAAAGGAUUCCGGGGAAAAAAACGAUUUCAGAAAAUGUAUACUUUCUGAUGGGGUUGCUUUUCACUUUACGCAUGUGGAAGAAAUUUUCAGCUUUGCUGUUCUUUCGCCUACUGUUACAUGUAAAACCACCUUUUGUAGAAGGACCGUAGCUUGAUGAGAAGUGCAAUUUUUGAAUGUUUCCAAUCCCACAUAUCAACUAUUUACAGGUUUUCGUCUCGGGCAUCUCUGGCUAGGAAAUAUUUGGUGACAGGCCUCUGUGGCCAAGCUGCAGUGUAACAUUCUCUCUCCCUUCCCCAUUCCCCACCUCGCGGAAGCGCUCUUUGAAUGUUCAGAAAUCAACAGGAAUCUUUUUCCCUGCUCAUAGAUUCAUAUGAAUGAACAGCUGCAGCCUACAAGUGCAUCCCUCCAUUCUAAGCACACUCUUGUAAAGUAACACACCGCAGCAGGGAAAACCCACCAUUUCCUAAAACAGCGGAGAGCAGGAUUUAAAUCUUGCUGGCCAUUAUAGUCAGCCACAAAAUAAGAGAGAGAAUCAGCUAUUACCAUUGAGGAACAAUGUGUAUUUAUACAUCCAUCCGAUGUAUAAAUAAGCCCUUUGAUUUAGUCCUUUCCUGAUUUCUGUAUACUCUUAACAUAGUUUUGAUUACUGCUAGGGUGCCUCACACCCUUGUAGAGAGUUGUAGAUCAUGGGUGGCUAACCUGAGGCCUUCCAGAUGUUGUUGGACUCCAGCCCUAAUUGCUGUGACCGAGAAUGAGGGGACCUGUUGCCCUCCCCAAAAAAGGUGGAGGACUGCAGGUUAGCAACCCCUGCUGCACAUCCUCAAAAGACAAAUCUGUUAGAAUGAAAUAGAUGGGUCAGUAUGCAGAGUGCAAGGCUGUAAUUAUACAGCCACAGUGCUAACAAGGUGCACAAAAGGACAAAGGCGUAUAUAAUAUAUGCCUGCAGUGCAUGUACCAGACCCACCUCGCCUUCUCUCUUGCUGCCCAGAAGUGACAGAUGGGUGUGUGUGCAUGCAUGUAUCCUUGGCUUCCCCCCUCUUCGGAUAUUAGGUAGGUAGUGACCCCCCUCUCCCAAAUCUCCUAGCUGGCGAUCACUAGAAGUCAGUCAGCACUUGAAUGCUGGUAAAAGCCUUUUGUGACAUGGUUACACAGGGCUGCCAUCUCAUUUAGUAAACAUCCCACAGCAAGAUUUUUUCACAGCUUUAAUUAAAGUUUUGCAUUUGGGUGUUUCUGUUCCCUCCAAAGGAAUUCUUUCCUCUACAGCCUUUCAUAACUAUUUUGUGCUCACUGCUGUUCAUUGUCCUGGGCUUGUUAAGCUCAGACCACCUACUAUAUCCCAUAAGCAAUACUCGCAGCCUGCUCCUAAUCACAUUAUUAGUCUUCCAUCAAUCAUUGCAGCCCCUGCCUUGUACCAAAAACAUCAAAGCGCAAGGCCUGUGUAUUUAAAUGAGGAGCAAUCAUUAACCCCAUGGCAGCUGUAGAGCAGAUAAAGAUUGCUGUAACCAUCUAUGUAAAACUCAUAAUAGUGGGAUGGGGGAGACAAAAUUAUACCUUUCUUCAGGAGUAAGGUCCUUUGAUAACACCCUUGUUCUCCAGCAUAAAGCAAGAUAAUUAGAGAGUGUAUUGAGCAAUACAGCAGGAAAGAGGGUAAUGGAUAAAAUUAGGAGCAUUAAGGUAAAGAAUCAAAUGAAGAAUAUCCUGGCUCGCAAGAUGAAUGGACCUCCGUUCAGGACUGAGCCUGGGUGUUUUUUUUCCUGCUGCGGCUCCCCCCCCCCCAAAUAUCUCCUUGAUCCUGAUUCCAACACAGAUCUUCAUCAGCAUAACCUCUUCAAGAAAUGACUUUUUAAUUGUAAACAGAUACAGGCAUUGGCAGGAUUAUUGUAAUAACCUGCAGUUUCAUAAGAGAACCGGUAUAUAUUUAAAGUAGAUGAGUAAAAGAAUAAGUUAACUUAGAAUAUGCAGGGAAUGAUAAAAAUAAAAUUAAGGAAUCUCAGAAAGAGGAGGAAGAAAGUCGAGUUCUGAAAUGUUAGAAUAAUUGUAAAACUAUUGAAAUGUAUAUAACUGACAAUCAUAAAAAGGGCUUUAAAAUGUUUAAUCCAUGACCUUGAAAACCAAACCAAAUAAGUUUUUAAAAAUUCAGAUACGGGAGUGCAUUUCUUGUCGCAAGGCCCAGCUGGUCCGCAUUCUGCUACACAGCCAGCUGUGGGAGCAAGAGCAGGGCAGAUUGUGCUUGCCAUAAAGGCUAGACAAUCUGUGUCCAACCGAUAAAGACCAGGCAUUCAGUGCUCAGGAAGAACCCGUUGCUCCCACGCCCUCUUGUCUUUUGAAACACAUUAAUCUGUCCUAAGAGAGAUAACUAGGAAUCCACAGUGGACUCAACCCCUCAAGGUGUGUACUUUGUCUGGGACUUGGGUCAGGCUUCUGUAAUCCCCAAGAUCUGAAAAUUUACUCAAGAGUCAGGAGUGUUUCCCAGUCUGCUCCUUUUCCCUCUACAGUUAGAUCGCCAACAUCUUUCAGUGCUUGAACCAUCAUUAUGUUGUCUUUUGCCCCCUUCUUUCUCAAUUCACCUUGUUGCUUCCAACCAGGUCUUCACAUCUGCUAAAAAUAAGACACGCAGCUCAUUGUUUCCAUACCUCGCCCUCCGUGACCUUUUCCUCUAUUCAGACUUCUGUUGAAUUAUAAACACAUCAGCUUCCGCUUUCCUCCUUCCUAAUGACUGAGCCAAAGCUAGUCCAACAUAGAGCUGCAGUGGGACAAGCUUUGUGUCUUGAAUGUUUUCUGACCGCGUGUAGUGUGCAUUCUUCAGUAGGGCAGCUGGCAGAUCACUUUUGAAUGUUGCAGUGCAUCGGCCAUGCUGACCCAACGUCGGUUUGCCAUCUCAGGAUGCGCUUUCUUCACAAAUGGCGUACGGUUGGCCCUGAAGUAGCCCUUCACAGUGGUGGGCUGUGCUGUUUCAUUAGGCGCAAAAAAAAAGGUAUUUCAUACUCCACAAAUCACAGGUGCUCAAGGUAUCACAACUGAAUGAGAAAUUAUAAUACAGAGGGAGGCUGCACCGGACAGACUUGUCAUUACACUGACCAAAAUAUAUCUUGGCAGCCUCAUGUGGGGUUCCCUGCAUGGUACAGGCCAGUGCCCUUGAGGUCUAAGGAGUUUGUACGAGUUUUGCAUUUCAGUUCAAAUGUUUUUCCUAGUGACAAAGAGGCUGGCUAUUCCCGGCCCCCCUCAACAGGACAACAGCCGAAUUUAACUUUCUAAUAUAAGAGCGGAUAGAAUCCCUUCCGUGUGCUGUUUCAUGGAAGCUGGAAUGUAAAUUUGACAAUACUGUUUUAGACCUCAGGGCUUCAAUGUACCUCCAAAGCUUAAUUGACUGUGACCUCUACUGAUAUCCUGAUAAAGCAGGAAUAACUUGUGUUUUAUUGUUCCUUUUCUGCAGGAUAGCUGAAGGAAUCAGGUUUACUAAAUUUGCAAUAACGCAUCAUUUUUAAAGGGUAAAAACCUUGCUUUUAGGAUGACAAAGCUAUAGCUUGUGUGGAUGUUGCAGUAACAUUUUUUGGGGGGGGGAGAUUUUUAUGUCACUUUGCUCUCAGUAAGUAUUAGCUGCUUUUAAUUUCAUAGUGCGCUUGAUAUCAAUUCCCUGAUAAACUAAAAGGAAGCAGAAUAGGCUCCAAGUCAAGACAAGAGGGCCAAAAAACUACACUGGGGCCAUAAACAGUUAUAUAAUAAUAAUAAUAAUAAUAAUAAUAAUAAUAAUAAUAAUAAUAAUGGGAGAACAGUUGGCACAGCUUUAGUCAAAAGCCUCUGUAGGAAAACAUUUGCCAAACAUGUUGUGAAGUCUUCUCCAUCAUUGUUACAGCAUCGUUUUAUCAAAACGGCUGUUCAGUUUCCCGUUUGUUCUAAACUACUGCAGGAUAUUCAGUUUCCUAGGAGGCACUAUGGCUUACUUCACACAGUCAUAUGAAAGGAAUCGCCUUGACUGAAGGAGGAGCAGGCUGUACCGCUAGCCCUGCCCACCCAACAUUGCACAGCAUUCCUGUCCCAGGCACUGAACACAGGCAUGUAAGUAGGGGAAAGCCUUUGUGCGCACAUCUCUACAUGUCUAGGCUCCCCCAAGCACCCCGCCCAUCCACCCAUGCUCAGUGUGUGGAUGCCAAUGUGGGUAAGCUGUGCAGCAUCAGGGGCUAAUCUCGCAGAACCCCUUCACGUGACUAAUACAUGAAAUACAGGCUAUAUUCUGUGCAAUUCUGCUCCUUUGAAUUAGCCCCCAAUUCUUCACCUUGAAAUGCUCUGAAAGCAGAAGCCCACUCCAUACAGGGAGCCCAUCAGUUUGGCUAAAGGAAAUAGUUGGGAGAAGAAGGAUACCAUUAGGGAAGAGUUGGCAAUAUAAUUAUUUCCACUACCAGUUGAGUGGAAUGUCAUUUUCUUUUCCUGGGCUGUUAAAAUAUUUCCCAUGCAUAGUGUAUAGGGACAGGUUUCCUUGGCCAACUCUUAACCCUUACCUACAUGACAGGCAUGAAUUCUUGAAUUGCUACUUUUAAAUUUAGCACUUUUAUUGCACUUUACCUCUUUUUAAGAAAGACACUACUAAUAUUGGGGGUGGGGGGCGGGGGAAGAAUCAGUGAUACUUUUUAAAUAAAUAAUUUGAUACUACGGCAGGCUUGAGACAGAAUAGUUUUAUUAGUAUUUCUGAGUGGUCAUAAAUCAUUUGUAACGUCAGUCGCAUCUGGGACCACAGACGUUGCGUGCCAAUAAUAAAAAGCCACACCUCGUGUAGAUACAUCCUCAUUAUCGUACUUCCACUGUGGCAAGAGUUAGAACUACAAUUUAGAAGCAUCUGAGUGUCAGGUACUUCAAAACAUCUGCGAUCACCGACAUUAAAGACUAAUAGCUAUUCUACCCUUGAAAAGGCUGUGCUAACCUUUUGGGGUCCAUGAACACAUUUGCCAUGUGGGCAAAUCAUUGUGGACACCAUCCACACACCACACGACAAGAGGUGGCUUCUUUCAAGCCUAAUGUAUGCCAGAUAGCCAACAGACAUGUGCAAAUAUGUAUUUGAGCAAUCAGAAUAGAUGCAUUUAUGCAAAGCUGUGCACAAAAGCACAAUUUUCAGCUGCUGGUUUAAUGGCAUGUUGCAGAUAAGAAACCACUAACUGUGUUCUAGAAGGAACACUGGAUGAGUAAGGAUUUAAGAUAGCACAAUAUAAUACAGCAUAAAUUCUGUCGUCUUUAAGCUAUGUUUCCAGUAAGGGUACUAUCCUUGCACGAAUCCCCCCCCCCAGUGGUCCCAUUUCUUCGCAUCACCACACACUGAGUCAUAUGACGUAAUUUACAGACGUAGCUUAGUAAGUCUAGGCAAUUUACCGUUUAUUAUCAGUGGUAGCAUAUUGUUUUUAAGGGGAAGAUCAGCCUGAGCUAGAGAAUACAAAACCGUGCCUUCUCAUAUCAGCUGCUAAAAAUCAAAAAUGAUUCAUUUCCACUCUCAUUUUACAAAAUAGUGUGCUGCCUUCAGUACCAUAGGUGCAGAUUUUUAAAAUACUUGAAGUGUGCUUGCUGUGUUCUCACUUUGCCUCAGUGUUUGCAUUUGCAUGGGAUAAAACUUCUUGUUGGAGUCCUUCUGUAGAGCAGCAGCUGGGAUGCCAUUUGUGGAAGAGCCAUAUAGGUCAGUAUUUGUGCUCAUGCUUUUUAUAUGCAAAAGGCCCAGAGGUCAAUCCCCAGCAUAGGGUUUGGAAAGAUGACUGACUGAAGCCCUGCAGAGCUGCUGUCACUCAGUGUAGUUAAUACACAGUUAUUUCAGCCAGUAUUUUCUGACUCAGCAUAAGGCAGCUUCCUAGGUCUUGGGGCUGAAUCCACAUUUUUUAAUCCAGCUUUUUUAAAAAUAAUAAUAAUAAUUUGUCACUCCUUUCCUUUCCCCUCUCCAGCCCCAGGUUAUCCAUGACUUCUUUGGGCUUUGAGUUCAUCCCAUCCAUAGUUUAACAUGUUUGCUAUUAAGAUUUGGCAUGCUUUUAUAGAAAGCUAACUUGUGUCCCAGUCCACUACGUGCAACGUACAGGAGGAGAUUCUGAAGGAUGCCCCAUUCACUUCAAAGCAAGUAGCAGGUCCACAGGCACAGCUCUUUGCACAUGUAGAGCUGCCCUUCCAUUGAAGUGAGCAAGGAAACGCUUGUGGGCAGGAGAACUUUCUCUCGACACGCUAGAUCAGGUACCUGGCUAUGGCUUACAGUACAAGCAAGUCAGCUUGCAAGCAAAAAGCAAGAGUCAAUGCUCUUAUGCCUUUCCUUGAUUUUUCUCCAAAGCAGCUCCCAUGCCAGAAAAGGCAAGCCAUUACUCCGUUCAAAAAGUUGUCUUGUCUCUUCAGGAGUGACAGUUGCUUUUAGGAAGAAUUACUGUCCCAAAUGUAAUUUCUCUUGCUUGCACGCAAGUGACUUUGACUCAAGAACGUCAUAAGCUAUGCGGUAAAUUGCAAUGUGUUGAUUUUUCUGGUUAUGGAAAUUCUAAGUUACUGUAAAAUUAAGCCUUAGUAAAUGCAGUCUUCUAUGCAUUGAACAGCAAUAUUUCUUUACACACAUUUACUGGACAAGAAACCUGGUCACAUUAAAUCUUCUAAUUCUCUAUUACCCUUGCGUUCAGAUAAAGCAUAUUCUCCCCCCAAAAAGCCUUGAAUCUCCUGCUGAAAAUGCCUUAACUGAUCAAACUUAUUUAUGUAAUUUAUUUAUUUGGUGUCUCUGUGUUCAUUCAUGCAUUUAUUUCUCCCUAAGUGGUGAAUGUAGUUUUCCUUAUCCUAACCUCACAAAGCUCUGAAAUGAAUACCAAUGAUACCAUAGUGUUUGUUCUUACUUUGGAAGUGAACCCAGUUUUUCUGUGUUAAGAAAUCUUUGUAUGUAUAUUUUGUAAAUCUAGCAGCAUUUUCUUCUUCGGUGUGCACAACAAAACUGCAAGCCACCUGACAACUGUGUCCUUGAACUACUGUAACUUGGGUAAAUAGCAGAGAAGCCUGUGUCAUGCAGCUUCUCUUAUGUAAAAAUAGAGCAAUGCCAUGAACUCUUGAUACCCAACCCACUUUCCUGAAACUAACUUCCCCUUUUCCUUUUGGCCCUUGAGGGGAAUAAUAUAUUUCAUGGUUCCCUGGGGCUUCCAGGAUGCUGCUUAUCAGUACGUCGGGGGAAUAGAGAGAAAGAGGAAAAGGAGGAACUCCUCCAUGCUAGCACUUCUGCCAGAAAAGUAGAGAGGUGUCAGUUUUGGAGAGCAGGAGCUAGGGGAAAAGGUCUUUUGGGGACUGCAAGAGCUGGCAAGGGUGGGUGAGAAGCCUAAGUAUCUUAUGGCUCAAACUUUCAUUGUCUCAUCAGACAUUCAUGUCUAAAUCCAAUCUGAGCUGGCAUCUCUGUUCAGAUAGGAAAGCAAGCCUGCAUUAUCUUAAAAACCGAUCAAGUGUUUUGCAUUUAUGACAGUGUUACGGGGAAGGCACUGCUCCCUGCCCAUUUAGUUUUGUAACUUAAGCAGAAAAUGAAGGCUGGGUGGCUGCAGUUUCACCGACCUAUUUUGGUGUUGAUUCCCUCCCCUCCCCCUUUUAUUGUACCGCACAGUUUGUGAUUAUUACUCCAUGGUUGACAUUUGCACUUUAAUAAAGAGAUGAGAAUCUUACAAAAUGCUACAUGCUUGAGCUGUUCUUGUGAUAAAAAUCAAACUUAGUAAAGGACUUAAGAUACCUUCUGUCUGCUUAUGGCAAAGUGAGGUAUGUCUUGAAUUACCAGGGAGCAGCGUGUAGAAGAAAACGCGUUGCAAGUUAUCGGAAAAUGCGAGCUUCCAGAGAAUUGCCAUUAAAAGUGAAAAAUAAUCACGGGUGACACAAAGGCAGCCACAAUAUUAAGGAAAGCCUAUUGGUGUUUCCCACUAGAAAUAUGGGCAGAAUGCUAUGCUAGAAUUUGUUCCCACAUACUAUUUAAUUGUAUUUUCCCCAACACUAACUUCAGGCACCCAUGUACUGGGCCUAAAAUAGGUUUUCUGCUAGAGAGAGUGAGUCCCAGAUUCUAGCACAGUGUAGGGAAAUUCAGCUAAUUGACAUGACUAUCAAGGAAAUAUCUCAGUAUUUGCCAUUUUUCAUUCCUACAAUCCAGCUCGGGUGGUUGCAUAUCAAAGAGACUGACAAGCCAAGUCAAAGUAAUUAACGUUAAAUUUAUCUAAUGUGGAAACUGUUCAUUUACACAAAUCCACAUUUCUUCUGAGUUUUCUCCUGAGAUUAUGGAAGUUCAAUAUUUUGUGCUGGCAAACCUGUGUUUUGUAGGCUUAAGCCACUUUGAAAGCAAGCGUGCAUGUCAGCUCACUUAAUUCUGUCCACAUGUUAGAAAAUCAAAACUCCAGGGUAUCAACUUCUAAAGAAGUUCUUGCUUGAGAUUGGGAUUUGGCUUUUAUUCAGAUUUUCCCCACAUGCUGUACUAUCUGCUCAUUUUAACAAGUGUCAUUUCUACAAUUGGCUUUCCAUAACGAAUCAUGUUUUCUAACAAAUUGUUGUUAUAUAAUCUCUUAACAUAACAUCUUGAAACAAGCAGAAACUCUAAUUUGAUUGUGCAAGCUUGAAACAAUGUAGUUUUCAAGGCCUCUGUGCACACGGUGCCUAUUUUUGCCAAUCUGCAUUAGUUUUACUUUCUUUGGUGAGUCUUCUACAAUGAGCUCAGAUAUUCAUUGUGCAUACUCCCAUUCAACCCUUCUUUGCACAGUUUACCAUGGGAUGCCCGGCUGGGAAGACAUUGUAAAUCUAGAGGGAAAUCAGCCCAUUUACCACAAAAAUCAGAAGAACAGGCCAACAUGCAUUUGUGUCAAGGCCUCUCAUCUUUGAACUAGCCCCCCCCCCCCCCCAUGGCCAUUUGUUCCUAACUCAAAGCCACUUCCCUUGUUUUAUUAAAGCUACUUGCAGAUUAAGUUAAAUAAAAACAGGAAGCCAAGUUUUAAGCAGCAUCGCCUUCAAAAACAAUCUAUUAAAUGUCAAUUCAUACUUCAUUUUAUUUACAUCUACAAUGAAUGCAUCAAGUAUGCCAACAGCACAUCUAAUGAUAUACAGGGAUUGAUGCAGACUUAAUAUAGGAGCAUACAAUACAAAUGCCAAGGCUUACAUUUUCAUCAUUGACAACACACACAGACCAGCUGUUUCACACACAAAAUGGUAAGUACGCUGGCCAUGAUCCAAGGAACCAGGGUGAUUUCUGCACAUGCACAGGGACUUUACAUGUUCUCCAUCUGUCAUAACUGAAAAUCCUCUUGUUCAGGAGGGGAUGGGAGCUGGAAACAGAACCCGACAAAAGCCUCCUAUACAUAUGCCGGUUCAUUAGCCGUGUGUAUGAGGGUCUUGGGAUCCCUGCAGGUACCUAGAAUCUAAAUUAUCAAGUCACACGAACGGCACAGCAUGAACUUGAAAAACAAUUUUGAACUUGCAAUAUUGAAAAGCAACCAUGCUCAACUCCAAGUCUAUCAUUCAAGUAAGUGGCAGCUGUUAACUCUGAGCUACUGAAGAAUUCAAGCUUAGCAUUCAGUUUGCCAUCGACAACUCAAUUCUAUUUCUUCCCACGCAAAGAAGGUUUGUUACUGGUGCUUAUUUUCGGUGGAUGCCAUCAAUACAUCAUCACUUCAUAGGAAACAGUUGUGCUGCAGAUGUACAGUGCUAAUGUCUGCUACAAAAGAAAAGACACAAGUUUACCCCAGCAUUGCACGUGGAUAUUUAUUGAAAAGCCACACCAAAUUCUUUAUUGAUGAUAAAAUACAUUGGGAAAGAAAAGAAGCAACUCCCUUAGCAGUGUUUGGCUGAUGACAUAGAACACCUACUUUAAAAUAUGAUCUUGGGGAAUCCAGAAAAGUAUAAAACAAUGCAGCUACAUAAGAACACGAAUCAUUCCCAAAAUAAAAUUAUAAAGGAGCCUCUUACUUUAAUUGUCUCAAAGAAGAAACAAAACUACCAAAUGCUGAUGAAAUUGUUCCCUAACAUAGGGAUAACAAAUACACAAAAUUUACCUGAAAUUCAAGUGUUCUAGUAGCACAAAUCCAUCUAGGAAAGAAUAAAAUUUUAUUCAUAAAUCUUAAUAUUUUAGGCAUAUGCAAAAUCCUCCAAACAUAAAUGCCUUAAAACUGGUGAAUAUAGUUAAAGAUAUGCCAGGAAUAAGUUUUCCUAAUUCAAAUUGCCAGUUUCAAAUACUGAUCCAAGUAAGUAAUCCAUAGCCCAUCAUUGGUAGCAGAAUUUUGGUUUCUGGAAAUAAAGGAGAAAAAGGAGUCUGGUUCUCAGCGGUAGAAGAGUCUGGGGAGCCCAGAAUUUCAUUUGAGCUACUGACACAUUCAGAUUUCUACCCUGUUCUUCCCUGCAAUACUCAAUACCCGGUUUGUGAUAAUUGAGACUGCCAACUCUCCUCUUACCCACCCAAACUGUUUUGUUCAUGCUCUGCUUAAAACAUGGCCGUUCCAUUCAACAGAAAACUUACAUUUGCCUUCAGAAUUCCGACAUAUCAAUUGGUUCCCUUCCGUAAUAUCAAUGACUUCAAGUUUCUCGCCUGCCGUGAUCCUCAAGUCAAGUUUUCCUUUGGUCAAAGUAUUUGAGCAGUGUGCAACUGCAGUAUUGAUUACCCCGAUCUCCUUAUCAUACUGAGAGAAGGGAAUAAGAAAAUAAAGAUGCAAUCCAAUGUAUAUACUUACUGGGGAAAGACCCAUUGAAAAUAAUGGGGUUACUUUCAAUUAAGCAGAGGUAGCUAAAAGGGCUUGGGCAUCCUGAAUGGUUCUUUGAACAAAAGAUACACACACACAUCACAAGCUGCUUUGCAAAGUCUCAAGUUUCAGAAGUAGGUUGCCACGCAGCAUCAGGAUGGCGGAACAUAUGAAUGUUUGAGAAAUGCAAGGCCAAACCUUCAUUGGGCAUGCAGAAGAACCAGUUGUAUUAUUAUUCGGAUUUCAGGCUAUAUCAUGAGUUUGAACAUUUCCAAUCACUAUUAAGGAGGAUCUGCAGCCUUCUGAAUAGACCAUGAAAUAUAUGAAUGAUGCCUACGGUUUGUUUAAAAAUAAUCCUAGUAUCCAAACCACCAGGUAUUAGGGCUCGCAAAAUAUAGCAGCAGAAAGGUUGAUUUCCCCAAAGUCUCAGAAGCAGAUUUAAAAUGAAAAUGAACACUAGAUUUUUU